AUGAAGCGGUACCUUACUGCUAUUUCUCUCAUUAAGCAAAUGGAGCUCAAGGGAAUUCUCUGUGACCAUGCUAAUCUCAUCCUCCUCAUCAAUUGUUUCUGUCACUUAGACAAAUUGGCUUUCGCUUUUUCUGUAUUUGCCAAGAUUCUCAAACGGGGUUAUCAUCCAGAUGCCAUAACCUUAAAUACACUCAUGAGAGGUCUCUGUGAUAAGGGUGAGGUCAAGGAAGCCUUCAACCUUCACGACAAAGUGAUAGCACUAGGAUUUCGAUUCAACCACAUUACUUAUGGUAUUCUGAUCAAUGGAUUGAGCAAAAUAGGAGAAACUGAAGCCGCGAUCAAAUUGCUCAGAAGUAUUCAAGGUCGAUCAGNAGACAUUCCUCCUUGA